AUGGAGAAGUUCAUACAACAGCUCACUGGUACUCUGGUGUUGGCUGUGUUCACUGCUGUGCUGGGCUCCCUCCAGUAUGGCUAUAGUCUGGGCGUCAUCAAUGCCCCACAAAAGGUCAUUUUAGGACACUAUGCACGUUCGCUUGGAUUUCACAAUUUGUCUACCAGCCUGCCAAAACAGCCAGAGUCUUCAUCCAUGCUGACCAUGUACUGGGCCUUAUCUGUGGCCAUGUUCCCCGUUGGUGGCAUCCUAUCCUCCUUCUUGGUGGGAUUUGUGGCCGACUUCAGAGGAAGGAUCAAAGGCAUGCUGGUGCUGAAUAUACUGGCUAUGGUUGCAAGUCUGCUCAUGAGCCUGGCCAAGAUGGGCAGCCCUCACAUCAUGGUGAUAUCUGGACGGGCUCUCAUGGGCUUCUACUGUGGCCUGUCGUCUGGGCUGGUCCCCAUGUAUAUUGGGGAGAUUGCUCCAGUGAAGUACAGAGGUGCUCUGGGAACCCUUCACCAACUGGCUAUUGUAACAGGAAUUCUUAUCAGUCAGGUCCUUGGCCUGGACUCCCUUCUGGGUAAUGAUAAUAUGUGGCAUGUGCUGCUGGGUCUGUCUGGAGUGUUUGCUGUCCUGCAGAGUUUCCUGUUGCCCAUGUGCCCAGAAAGUCCACGCUACCUCUACAUCAAACUGGGCAAGAAAGAAGAAGCCUGCAAAAGUUUAAAAAGGUUCAAAGGCAAGUAUGACACAUCCAGGGACAUAGCAGAAAUGCAGGCUGAGAAGGAGGAGGCCAUGAAAGAGGCACAAGUUUCCAUGUGGAUGCUGGUGCGCUCCCAGGUGUACCGGCAGCAGCUCUUUGUGGCGCUGAUGAUGCAUCUCUCUCAGCAGUUCUCUGGAAUCAAUGCAAUUUUUUACUACUCCACUGACAUUUUCCAAACGGCAGGCGUUGCUCAGCCAGUCUAUGCCACGAUUGGAGUCGGGGUUGUAAACACUGUGUUCACCCUCGUGUCUGUGGUCCUUGUGGACCGUGCAGGCAGAAGAACACUCAUGUUGGUGGGGUUGGCAGGGAUGUGCCUCUGUGCAGUGGGAAUGACAGUGGGACUUGUCUAUCAGAACACAUACUCUUGGAUGAACUACUUGAGUAUGACAGCCAUAUUCCUGUUUGUGUGCUUCUUUGAGAUUGGGCCUGGGCCAAUCCCAUGGUUCAUUGUGGCUGAACUCUUCAGCCAGAGCCCUCGGCCUGCUGCUAUUGCGUUGGCUGGCUGCUGCAACUGGACAAGCAAUUUCAUCAUUGGCAUGUUCUUCCCAUACGUGGAGGUGAUCUGUGGAACAUAUGUGUUCAUCAUCUUUGUGGUACUCCUCUUCGGCUUCACGCUUUAUACAUGUUUCCGAGUGCCUGAGACAAAAGGAAAGACUUUUGAGGAGAUAGCGAUGCUGUUCCAGCAUGGCCGGGUAGUUGUGGCUUCACAGCAUGGGGUGGAGGCUGAGCUGGAGCAGCUCCAGGGGACCACUGAGGCCUGAGCAAGGCAACAUCCAGCCUCAAAUGGAAUGGGGAGACAAUGGUUUUAUAUAUAAAUACUAUAUACUACUAAAAAGAAGGACAUACAAGAAAGAAGGUCCUACAAGUACAAAAAGAGAACCAAAUCAAGCAAAUGAAAGAAGAAUAUUAGUCUAUUAGUCAUUUAUUUAUUAUAUAUCUGUUCAUGGCAAAGUAUAUCAGCCUUUGGGAUUACCUUUCAGAGAUAAAUUGAAGUUGAAAUUUGAAUCAGGUGAUGUCAGUCAAUGGGAUGACAAUCAAGUGUCAAGUUUACAAUCAAGUUUAUUUUAAAAAACAGGGUUCUAGCAAAGGCUGACCUUCACAACGUUUGUGCAAGUGUACCAUGGCACGAAAAAAUGAGAUUUCUGAGGACCUCAGAAGAAUUGUUGAUGCUCAUCAGGUUGGAAAAGUUUACAAAACUAUCUCUAAAAAGUUUGGAAUCCACCAAUACAGUCAGACAGACUGUUUACAAACUGAGAAAAUGCGAGACCAUUAUUACCCUCCCUAGGAGUGGUCAAAAAACAAAGAUCACUAAUUGUAGCAAUGUUUUGUGGACAGAUGAGACCAAUAUAGAUCUUUUUGAUUUAAAGGAGAAGUGUUAUGUUUGGAGAAAGGAAAACACUGCAUUCCAGCAUAAAAACCACAUCCCUUCUGUGGUGGUGGUAGUAUAAUGGUUUGGGUGUUUUGUUGCAUCUGGGCUAAUGGGUUAAGGGAUUUGACUUGUAAUUGGAAGAUUGCUGGUUCAAGCCCCAUCACUGCCACUGUUGGGCCCCUGCGCAAGGCCCUUA